AUGUUGAUGUCAAGUUGCAAGUACAGUUUUAUUGCUCUGCGUCGAGCAUCAUCAUCGGCAGUUGCAUCAACUUCAAGUAAAAGUUCAUCAUCAUCAUCAUCACGAAAUGUAACUGAAUCAACAAGUCGAUCAGGCUCACAUGGUGUUCCACAAAAAAUAAAUUUACCGAAGGAGAGUGUUACUGUAACAAAAUUAGCAAAUGGAUUAACUGUUGCUUCAUUAGAAAAUAAUUCACCUGUUUUUCGUGUUGCAGCUGUUGUUCAAGCCGGUGCCAAAUAUGAACCAUAUGAAAGUCGUGGUGUUACAACACUCCUUCGAGUUUUUUCAAACUUAAGCACAAAAUAUGUUAGUCGACUUGGUUUAACUAAAAAUUUAGAACGUCUUGGUGCAAAUUUUCAAUGUAUUCAAACACGUGAACAAAUGAUUUAUUCAAUUGAAGGUCUUCGAAAUGAAUUUACACAUGGAUCACAAUUUUUAGUACCAGUUGUUUGUUAUCCAAUGUUUAAACCACAUGAAAUUCAUGAUGAAAGAGAACGUUUAGAACUCGAUCAUGAACUUUAUUUAAAAUCACCUGAAUCACGUAUAUUAUUUUAUUUAAUUAAUUUAUUAUUUGAAAAAUCUUUUUUAGAAUUAAAUGAUUUACUUCAUGCAGCUGCAUUUAAAGGUGGUUUAAGUCGACCAUUAUCAUUAUCAUCUGAUUCGAUAAAGUCACUUUCACAUAAACAAAUGUAUACAUUUCAUUCUCAUUAUUAUACACCAGAGAGAAUAUCUUUAGUUGGAACUGGUUGUAAUCAUGCAACACUUGUUCAAUUAGCGGAUAAAUUUCGUUUUUCACCACUUGAUUGUGUUUAUACACCUGGAUUUGGAAAUCUUAAAUUAAUUGAAUCAGAACCAGAACCAUCGAAAUAUAAAGGAGGAGAAAUUCGACGUGAUACUCAAUCAAAUACAGUUCAUAUAGCAUUAGCUUUUGAAGGUGUUAGUUCAAAAGAUGAACAAGGUGUAUUAACAAGUUCUUUAUUAAAUCAAAUUAUUGGAACAGGUCCAAAUGUUAAAUGGUCAUCAGGUUCAAAUCAACUUCAACGUGCUGCUGAAUCUGCAGCUCAAGCAUCUUGUUUAGUUUCAUCAUUUAAUCUUCAUUAUGAAGAAUCAGGUUUAUUUGGUGUUUAUAUUAUUUGUAAUAAAAAUGAUACAAAGAAAAUUGUUCAAUCGGUUUCAACUGAAUUUAAUAAAAUAUUAAAAAAUGGUAUUAAUAAAGAACAAUUUGAUAUGGCUAAAAAAAAAUUGGAAGUUAAUCUUCAAAUGCGUCAUGAACAAUCAUCAGAUGUUUUUUCGACAAUGUUAAAUCAAGCUGAUAUAAGUGAUCGAUCAACUGAUAUUCAAUCAAUUGUUCAACAAUUAGGAGACAAACAAUUUACGAAUGAUUCAAUUAAUCAGUUGACGAAGAAAAUGUCAAGUGGAAAACAACCAACUUUAGUUUCCAUUGGAAAUCUUCAAAAUAUGCCAUAUAUCGAUGAUUUAAAAGCUUAA